AUGGAUGAGUCAACAGAAGUUCGAACAGAGGGCAAUUCCCUGUUGAAGGCUGUGUAUUUGUGUCGGCUACGUCUGACUCGGCUGCUCCUGGAAGGAGGAGCUUACAUUAAUGAGAGUAAUGAGCAUGGUGAGACGCCACUCAUGGUAGCUUGCAAGACACGCCAUACAGAUUCACAGAGUGUACCCAAGCACAAGAUGGUUCGGUAUCUUCUGGAAAAUGGUGCUGAUCCAAACAUCCAAGAUAAGAUGGGGAAAACAGCUCUUAUGCAUGCUUGCAUUGAACAAACGGGAGCUGAAAUUCUGUCGCUUCUUCUUAGCAGCGGAGCUGAUCCAACUCUGGAGGACCACGCAGGCUUAUCUGCAUUAGUUUAUGCAGUCAAUUCAGGCAACAGCGACAUCCUCCGUGUCCUCUUAGAUGCCUGUAAAGCCAAGGGUAAGGAAGUUAUCAUCAUCACCACCAACAAACUGCCUUCUGGCCAUCAGAUGACAAAGCAGUACCUCAAUGUUCCCCCAUCUCCUGACCUUGAGGACCGUGUGCAUUACAUGCAAGCAUCUUGUUGCAUGUCAUCACGUGAGGCCCAGCUACGAACUCCUCCUCAGGGCUCUUCAGCAACUGCCUCUCCUCAACCUGGCAGCCCCCUUCUUGGCCUCAAGGAUUCCCAGUAUUUAAGCUUAGGGCAUAGCCUGGUAACAUCUCAACCAGGUUCACCAAUCCAGCAUCCUAGUCCUUUACGUGUUCCUGGUGUGGAUAAGCGACUUAACCUCCAUCGGCUACACUCGGAACAGUGGUCCAAAAGUCCUUCCCUAUUGCUCCAGCAGAGUCAGGCCACCUCUCUGACUGAGGAACCAGUGGAAAUUACUCCCACGGAAGAGCUGUCCUUCAGAGCAAAAGGAAGACCUCCAGGUGUUUCACGGCACCACAGCAUUGACGUUAAAGAUGCAACAGGACUCAUGAAAGCACUAGAGAACAUGUCAGGUAGUGAAAACAGGGCAGUUGGUGUAAGAAGAGGCUUUGGUAGAAAGAUGUCAUAUGACAGUGCUGCAAGUUCAUUGUAUUCUGCUUCACACCCGAACUUGCUUCAAGACAGUCUUGCCUUUUCCCAUGAAUUCAGACCUGUGGAUGAAGAUUCAUCUGACUGUCUUAGACAGCUGAGUGUUUCCAGUUUGCAAAAUGUGGUGCGUCGGCGGAACAUUGGUAUCGACCACUACAGUUCUGACUCUCAGUUACAGCAAUUUGGCAGCCGAGAUAGAACCUCAAAGAGCAGUAGUGGCACUGGAUCAGGAGCAGAAAGACACAAGCUAGCCAACAGCAGAUCCUCCAAUCUGUCAGGAUCCAGGGAGUCCUUGGAGAGCUCUGUUCAGAGGCGAGGUGCUACAGGACUGGAGCGAAGAGGGUCAGGGGCUCUUCUUCUGGAUCACAUUGCCCACACGCGCCCUGGAUACCUGCCUCGUCUGAAUCCUCACAUUCCUAUACCAGAUAUUGGUGUUAACUCUAGCUCUUCCUACCCUUUGAGUGGAAGUAACAAGACAUUGAAUGGUGUUCUUACAGGCUCAAAAUCUAUUCUACCCUGUGCACAUGUUUUCCCCAGGGAUCUGAAAGCUAAGAAAAUGUUGUGGAGACGUCACUCAAUGCAGAGUGAGCAGAUAAAGCAACUUGCCAACUUUGAGGAAACUUUUGGCCACUAG